AUGGCACGUGGUCAAGAUGGAGACGCGCCAUCCGAGGUCUUCGUGGACACCCACCCGCCUGCGAAGCGACGGCGAACAUUAGCACAGCCUGCUCGGGAGGUAGGCUUGAUGCGAAGCGUCCCUGGUGACAAGUUCACGGGCUUCAUGGGCAGUGCCAGCGGCAUCUUCUUCAUUAGGUCAGUCUAUGGUGCGAUCCGACGCUCUGCAGUGCCUACAGACGGCGAAACGCCCGGCAGCGACAUCGUACCAGGCGAAGACGAUCAUCUCUCUCUAGUGCAACCGAAUUCCUCUGGACACUUAUGGCGAGAAGCUGAGUUCUCACACAGUCAGACUUCUCGCAUAUCAUUUCGUGACCUGGUCACUUUUUCUGGGAGCUAUUUUGCCAAUUGGCAUCCGUUCUACCCCUUCCUGCACGCCCCGACCGUCCUGGAGUAUUUCGACUGCUGUGCAAGAAAUGGCUUUCCCGAUCAUGGCGCUUCAGAGGACCUACAGCUGGUGAUAGUGCGUUCGAUCAUGUCCAUCUCGCUUGCAGACCAUCGACAAUCGCCAGGGCUACCGCGUACUCGACAUCCUGCCUGUAUCGUCUUUCUAUCGUAUGAUGCUGCUGUAGAUAGUCUCCGGACAAUACUUUCUCGUCCCACGACAAUACUUACACUACAAGCCGCACUCAGUGUGCAGCUCUUCUUAGUUUCUAUGCUUCGCUUAAACGCCGCCUCCCGUCUUGGGGGGCUCAUUAUGCGGAUGGCUGUGCAGCUAGGUCUUCAUCGAUGCCCAGCCAGAUUUUCGACCUUCACAUCAAGCACGAAACAGCUUCGACAACGCGUGUUUUGGUCACUCUAUACCAUUGAUCGGUUCCUUUCCCAAUCCAUGGGCCUUCCGCUCGGCCUGCCUGAUGACGAUAUUGAUGUCUGCUUUCCCCUCACGGAACACCAUCAACAGGCGCGAGUGGACCCUUGUCGUGAACUCCACCUGCUGCACCUGGUUGCCCAGCAAGCCAGGCUGCGUGGCGAAAUCAUCGAAUUGCGCAACAAGUCGCUACACUACGUCCAGAAUGAUCCUGACCGAGCGACAUCAAUCAUAGCUAAACUUGGCCAAUGGUGGAACGAUGUUGAGAACUACAUCGAACCGGACAGCCGAUGUGGCGCUUCUCCUUACGCGACUAUAGUGUUGACACUGCUUAGACACGAGUUGAUUAUCUCGCUGUAUCGUCCCGUCUUAGCCACCGGUAGUAAAGAUGUCGCUUACAAUGCCGCCUUACAACAGUGCAUCAGUUCUGCGCGUAGCAUCAUCAAUACCUUGCACACCGCUAUCCAGGGCAAAAACGGGCCCCAAACGAAUCAUGACCAAUUGGCUCUCCUUUGGCCCUCCUGCACCUGGGCUGUAUGGAUCAGCACAUUCAUCAUGUUCUACGCCGCCCACGAGGACCGUAUUGAUCACAGCGUCGUCACAAGAUUCGCAGAUAAGAGUCUCGACAUACUUCAACACCUCACACUACGCGGCAGUGCUUGGCCUGAAGCAAGCUCGGCGGCCAUUCGCGACUUACGGGCUCGAAUGCUGCAGGGUUCUACUCAAAUGGUUUCUAGAUACGACUCAGAGGUCGCUGGAGAUGCAGCCCUUGCUCAAAAAGGUGAAUUGAACGUACGUUCAAGCCUGCACGAGCAAUCAUUACCUACCUGCAACGACGAGCCAGAUCAAGUUGGUAGGCAAAGGAGGAAUAAUAUCGCCCCUCCGCAUGACGCGCGGUAUCCUCCAUACAAUGCAGCAUUCGAUUCCAGUGCGACGAGUAACCUGAACCACGAUGCUACUUUUCCUGAGCACAAUAGCUACUGGAACAUCUUCCUCGGAACGGAAGGCGCCGACGCUUCAUCUACAGAAUACUCCAACGGCCUAGACCCUUUCUCUGGCUUCGAUAUCCCGUUUUGGUUCGAUCAAGAGCAGCAUUGGGAUUUCACAUAG